AUGGAUUUAGCGUUGGAAACUCGAGAGGAAAUGGCCAAUGUGGUGAUCACCGGGACAGUCAAAGAGGUGAUGCUGGACUCGAAGGGGGGUGGGAUGUACAAGGGCGAAGUCGAGGUGAAAAGGAUUUUAAAAGACAGAGCCAACCUUGUGCCAAAAGUUGCUAAUUUCGAAGAUCCUGUGUCCCACCAUAAAAUGAUUAUGAUCGAGGGCUUUGGAGAUCCGCAUAUUUGUGACAGUGAAAUUCGGAGACAUGACACCAAAAUUUUCUUAUUGAACCCCAACGGAAAUGGGGAGCUGAAAUUGAACUCCAGUAUUGUGCCAGUGACUUUGAUAAAUCUGGAUUAUACGGAUGCUGUCGUUAAAGGUAAGGGGAUUAUCCAUUAA